UGCUAUUGGCGUGAGGUAAAGACUAAUCAAUCGAUUCUUUUUCUGAAAUGUAUAAAGAAUUGCAAGGAGUUCUAGACAAAGUUGUCAAUUUCAUUUCGAUAGAUGAGAAUGAAGCGCGUCAAAAUAACAAGUUGCUGCUCGAUACGAUUAAAAUUAAAAUUAUCCCAAACAUGAGAGACUUGGACCUGCGAUUCAACAAAUUGUACAACGAUUGUACGUGGACGGGUAGCUAUUACGAAAAUCUCAAGACCGUCCGUGCCGACGAAUACGACAUUAAUGUGGUUAUGCUGGUUCCAAAAUGCGAGACUUGCGCAAGAAAAUGCUGCGACUGCAUCAAAAUUGAAGCCAGCGACAGACCGGGGUUUGUUAGGUUUAGACUCAGUCCAGGAUGCUGUUCGGAAAUGGAUAAAUUUGUUGACCCAGAGGGAUAUGUACUUCCGUCCAAAAUAAGAAAUUGGCAAAAAGGUUUAAUAAGAAAGGCAGUAAAUCAGAUGGCAAACGGCAAUGUUACGCUUCAGGACUCGGGUCCCGCAAUUACUGUUAUUGUAGGAGGUAUAUACAUUGACCUGGUACCUACAUUUGAGUUUGACAAAAUUUACUGGCCCAUAGGAUUUCGAGAUAAGCCUGGAAGCUUUGGGAUAGUUCCAAAACCUCCACGCGACCGCCAAGAUACGCAAACAUCCAGAUAUUGGCGAGCUACGUUUCCCAAACAGGAAAGAGAAAUGAUAAAUGGGCUUCAACGGUUGAAACCAGCUCUACGGCUACUUAAAAAAACUAGAGACACCCAGGGUCAUUCAUUGAUAAAAAGUUACUUCUUGAAGACUAUGGUUCUAUGGGAAGUCGAAAGAAAUGCAACGCAAUUCGAAGAAAAUAUAGGUUCCGUAUUCAUGAAGCUACUGGAGUUGUAUAAAGAUUGCCUAAAGAAAAAACAAAUAAAAAACUUUUGGAAUGAGAGACACAACCUUUUAGACGGCAUUUCCGACGAGUGUCUAAAUAAUUUUCACGGACGAGUAAUCAAAAUUAUUUCGAAAAUCAACUGCAAUUAUUUGCAGGAUCCGUACAUUGUUGCCAAAUAUAUACUCACAGAGGAUGAAUAUGCGCAGCUUCGCCAGCACAAUGGUCGAGCCACACAGGAUCAGAAUCAACAACUCUACAUUGGAGGAGCGAUAGCGGUGGGUAUCAUCGGAGGAUUAGCAACAAUGGCUACAGUUUGGCGCUUGUACAAGGAACACAGGCGACAGCAGUAAACACCACAGUAUAUGUAACCAUCGUUCAGUUAUUAUUUGCUAUGUCAGUUAGUGUGGUAAAUAC